UUUAUCAUAAUAAUAACUGUAACAUAUCAUCGAGAGAACUUGCCUUUCAUAUAUACUUUCAGUUUUUCAUUGUUGGGUUCUCAUAUAUUAACUCAAGGUGGACUCCUCAGCCCCGGAAGAAACAGAUCAUUUUCCUAGCAUCACUUGAAAUCUAUGGAGCAGCUUGUCAACUUUAUAAUACGACCUCCAAGAGCUGAAUACAAUCCAGAAUGUGAUCUGUUGGAUGAAGAGUUCAUGUUGAAAGGAAAAUGUUACCAGAGAAAGGAUAUAGAGAUUAAAAACAAUAGGGGAGAUGUUCUACAGUGUAGUCACUACGUGCCCUUGGUUAGUCCCGAAGGCAAACCUCUGCCGUGUGUGAUAUACUGCCAUGGAAACAGUGGAUGCAGGGCUGAUGCUAGUGAAGCGGCUAUGAUCUUGUUGCCUUCAAAUAUUACAGUUUUCACUCUUGACUUUUCAGGAUCUGGGUUAUCCGGAGGAGAGUAUGUCACCUUGGGUUGGUACGAAAAAGAUGAUCUGAAAGCAGUGGUUGAUUAUUUGCGGGCAGAUGGAAAUGUCUCUUUGAUUGGAUUAUGGGGCCGCUCAAUGGGUGCUGUUACCAGCCUCAUGUAUGGAGCCGAGGAUCCUUCAAUUGCGGGAAUGGUUCUUGACAGUCCCUUUUCUGACUUGGUAGAUCUGAUGAUGGAACUAGUAGAUACAUAUAAAUUCCGUUUGCCCAAGUUCACAGUUAAGUUUGCUAUCCAGAUCAUGCGGAAAGCUAUCCAGAAAAAGGCGAAAUUCGACAUAACAGAGCUGAACACCAUCAAGGUGGCAAAAUCUUGCUUUGUUCCUGUCCUUUUUGGCCACGCUAUUGAUGAUGAUUUUAUACUGCCUCAUCAUUCUGAUUGUAUAUUUGAAGCUUAUGUGGGUGAUAAGAACAUUAUCAAAUUUGAGGGAGAUCACAACUCUCCUCGUCCUCAGUUUUACUUUGAUUCUAUAAAUAUCUUUUUCCACAAUGUCCUUCAACCUCCUGAGGAUAAGAUGGGGACAACGCUUAACGGUUCAAUAUACGAUUACUUUGGUAAGAGUAGUUGGCUCAUCCCUGAACUAGGUUUUGCCCCGGAGUCUUCAGCUGCAUCUAAAGAGCCAGUGACUAGCGGCACAAUAGAUGCCAUUGAACAAGUUCGUUCUAAAAGACCUAUAAGUCGAACAGAGGUUCCUUCUGGUAUCCCAUCUAGAGAAAAUAAAUCUGGAUGUGAGAUGCUUGCACAGGAUAAAGAUGCCUUUGAUGAUAAUGGUUCAUCAUCAUCCAAUAUGAUAAGCUUCGAAUUAUCGAAUGAUGAUCCAUUUCCCCCUCAUGUGCCAAAAAUAGUGGAAAAUGAUCAGUAUGUGGAAUAUCAAUUGGACGACUCGACUGUUUUUCCAUGUUACGUGGAGGAGGAAGAAAAGAUGUUUAUGGAAGCCAUAAUUGAAUCCUUAAAGGACUUGGAAACGCAACAUUCCCGAACAGAAGAGCAACCGAAGGCUAGUGCUGGUUAUACGGAGUCAUUGCAGAAAGACGAAAAAAGUAGCGUGGAUACUUCUUCCACCACAGAGAAGUACAGCUCCUUGUCUCCGGAGUCUAUUUCCACUCCACUGGAGCAUAGACAGGCAUCCUUUGAAACAGAAUCCAUGGAGAAUGCAUCUCGUGGUACUGGUGCGUCGACUGUGGAACCUACGUUUGAGUUGCCUCCAUCAAUACUGGAACCAAGGGACACAGGGACAUCUGUUCAGAGUGGUACAUCGGCAUGCACCCAAAGUUCAUCUGAUGCUGACAUAUCGGCUAGCACGAAAGCCACUAUAACGGUUGUAAGGAGCCCCUCUAAUAACAUCAUGGACGGUUUGAUGCGACGCUGGGAUCUCAACUUCUUUCGAUGUUGUCGAUGAAAGUUACGACUACCAUGUUUUUGAACUGCAUGGUUGGUGAUUGUAUUAUUUUGUAGCUAAGAUAGCGUUAGGAGUCGUAGCAUUGCAGAAUGUUCAA